ACCUCCUCAUAUAGGCAUGUGAACUGUAACGAUUUCGUCUAUUCUCUUCCUUCAACUAGGGUUAGGUUUCCCAAAUUGGACAUUUCUCCUCUUAUUGGAUCGUUAAUUGCUUCAAAAAUAAGAUAAUCUUGUAGAAAAUGAAGAAUCGGAGCUCAAAAGAAGGUGAGGAAAAGAAUGAGAAGAUCAGCAGCCCAAAUUCUAUCGGCAUGAAAAGGAAGAAGAACAUGAUGAGAUUGGGAGGUCCCGGUCUGUCCCUUGAAGCUUUCGCUAAUGCCAAAUCCACCAGCAAUCAAUACAACCCUGCUUUAAUAAAGAAGCAAAGAGAGUUCUAUAAGAAUGCAAAGUAUGUGAGAAUGUUUAAGAAAAAGCUAAAGCAACAAAAUCAGCCGGAUGAUCACUCUUCAGUUGUCAAACCUAUGGAGGAUAAGAAUGAAAGUGGAGAAAGUAGUAAAAUGAUGAAGAAGAAGAAGAACAAGAAGAAUGGUUCCUACAGUUUGAGAGAAAUGUAUGAGAAGCAGCACAAAGAGAAAGAGGAAGCAAGAAUUGAGAGGGAGGCUAUUAUUAAAGCAAAGAAGGAAGAAAGAGGUAAGGCUUUAGCUCAUAGAAAAGCUGAAAGAGGGAAGAUGUAUAAAAAGACCCGGCAUGGUCAGCCUGUUAUGAAGUAUAGAAUUGAGCAUCUCUUGCAGACCAUUCAAGGUUCAAACUAAAUUUGGUUAACCCUUCAGAACCAAGCAUGUUUCUCAGUCAUGCCUUGGCCACUUGCAUGCCUAACAAAAGCCAUCGGCUGGUGGAGUUUCUAAAUGUUGUGUUGUUAUUGCUUGAAAGCUGAUGGAAAAGUUGAGUUGCUGUUGAACAUCAGUUUUCAAGAGAUUUUGACAGUCCAAAGGAAAAACAAUUUUGAUGUGGUGCUGGAGACAUUUUGAUUCCAUUGUAAUUAUUUGUCAAAUCUGGCUAAUUUAGUCUUUGUGCUCAUUUCUACAAGGACUGCUAUCAUAUGGUUUAUAUAUCUACGAAUUUGUAUUAGAA